AUGGAUUCUGACACUUCAAAUCUUGUUGAACUUUCAGAACUCGCUGCCAUCCUCAAUUCACAAAGAGAAACCCUUGAAUAUAUCAUUGUUGAUCUUGAUUUAUACGAUUGGGGGCUGCGCUGGGACGAAUUCCCGAAGAUUGAGUCCUUCGCCUUCUUUACGAAUCUCCGGCACCUAGAGAUCGAACAGUGCCUCUUGACCGACAACCCAGAAUUACCCGACUCACUGAGGCAUCUGGUCAUUCGUGCCUGUGAACACCCUGUGGCAAGAUUGUUGACAAAUCUGACAAGACGCAGCUUCGACAGCCUAGAUUCUCUCAUGUUGGUCGUCUUACAGCCCCGGUCAUCACCACCCAAUGGAAUGUUCGGUCUCUCGGAAAGAUUUGACAGCGAUGAAGACGUACAUGCAAACAUCCUGUAUCGGUCUGCAUUCAGAAGAGCCUGCAGGCGACUAAGGAAAAUAGUCCGCGAGGCAUACUUCGACUUUGAUAUACGAUGUGAAGAAUGGGUUUUGUUCGAGGAAGGACUUCUCUGA